CGUGUGGGGAGGUGUGCGCCAAGGGGUGGGGUCAGGGGCCGCGAGGAGGGCGCUAGGUGACUCGGGAGCCGGGGAGGUCGUGCGCUCCGCCUCGGUCCCCAGGACCCCGGCGGCUCGCCCGCGUGCAGGCUGCACCUCGCCGCGCGCGCCCCGGUGCCACAGGCCUCCAGGCCCCGGACCCCGCCCUCCGGCCGCCCGUCCCGCGUGGCCCGCCGCGGGGACCGGCGAUGGCGCGGGGCUGACGCCGCCUCCUCCGGACCCCUCUGCCCCGCCCGGGGUGCGCGGCGGCCCCGGCGCCUCCCAGCCCUGCAUGUGGGGCGGGCGCUCGCGCCGGGAGAGAGCGGCCCUCGGCGCCCCCGAGGCGGUGCCCGGCCGCGCGGGAGGACGAGGAGGAGGAGCGGCCCGGGCCCGGUCCCCCGCGCGCCGCCGCCCGGGAGCACGGGCUCCCCGGAGGGAGCUGCUGGCGUCCCCGGCCCGGAGGAGGGACCCGGAAGCAGAAGCGGAGCCGCGAGUGGAGCCCCGCCGCUGCCCCUGCUGCCCGCCGGCGCCGGGUGGGGGUCCCGGCGGCUGGAUGGGCAGCGGCGGCGCGGGCCGCGGGCGGCGAUGGGCGAGGAGCAGAGCACGGUGAGCGGCGGCGGGGCCCCGGAGGCGGGCGACCCCGCUGGCGGCGCCACGGGCUCCCCCGAGCCCCCGAGGCCGCGGGGGGACAGCGGCGGGGCGCCCGGGCCGCGCGCCGCCUCCGCGGAUCCGAGCGGCGGCGGCUGCGGAAGCGACUCGGGCGGCGCGGACACCAGCGCCCCGGAGCCCGCGGGGAGCUGGGGGGCCCCGGGCUGGACGGAGAGCCGAGCCCCCGGGCCGCCCGCAGGACUGGCGCUCACCGGGCCCCUCAAUCCCCAGACUUUGCCACAGCAGCUGGAAGAGCAGGAGGAGGAAGCGGGGGACCGAAAGGAGGGAGGGCGUGAGCCGCCGGAGGCGCCCCCCGGAGAGGAGCCGAAGCCCGGGAUCCGCGUCGGGACUCCGGACGCCCUGGUCCUGGACGUGCUGGGCCAGCGGCGCCCGCCCCCCGCCCGGAGGCAAGUCUUCUGCUCGGUGUUCUGCGUGGAGAACGUCCUGCCCCCGGACCCCACGGCCGAGCCGCUCUCGCCGCCCGCCUCGCCGCCUCGGGCCCCGCCGGUGAUGGACGCUCCCGGCACCCCCUCCUCCUUCCCUAGCCCCCGGCUGUCCCUCCCCACGGACCGCCUGCCCCCCGAUGGCGGCAGCAUCGAGCUGGAGUUCUACCUGGCGCCCGAACCUUUCUCCGCGCCCAGCCUGUUGGGAGCUCCACCCUACUCUGGCCUGGGUGGGGUCGGGGAUCCCUAUGCGCCCCUCAUGGUGCUGAUGUGCCGGGUGUGCCUGGAAGACAAGCCGAUCAAGCCCUUGCCCUGCUGCAAGAAGGCCGUGUGUGAGGAGUGCCUCAAAGUCUACCUGAGCUCCCAGGUACAGCUUGGCCAAGUAGAAAUCAAAUGCCCCAUCACAGAAUGCUUUGAAUUCCUGGAGGAAACAACGGUUGUCUAUAACCUAACGCAUGAAGACUCCAUAAAAUAUAAAUACUUCUUGGAACUUGGCCGUAUCGAUGCCAGCACCAAACCAUGCCCUCAAUGCAAGCACUUUACAACCUUCAAGAAAAAAGGACAUAUUCCCACCCCUUCCAGAUCAGAAAGCAAAUACAAAAUCCAGUGCCCCACUUGCCAAUUCGUCUGGUGUUUUAAGUGCCACUCUCCUUGGCAUGAAGGUGUUAAUUGCAAGGAGUACAAAAAAGGAGACAAACUAUUGCGUCACUGGGCCAGCGAGAUUGAGCACGGCCAGCGGAACGCCCAGAAGUGUCCAAAGUGCAAGAUCCACAUCCAGAGAACUGAAGGGUGUGAUCACAUGACCUGUUCACAAUGUAACACUAAUUUUUGUUAUCGAUGUGGGGAGAGAUACCGCCAGCUCCGUUUCUUUGGAGACCACACAUCAAACCUCAGUAUAUUUGGAUGCAAAUAUCGCUACCUCCCAGAGAGACCUCAUCUAAGGAGAUUCGUGCGAGGGUCGGUCUGUGCUGGAAAAUUAUUUGUUGCACCUCUAAUCCUGGUCCUGGGAUUAGCACUAGGGGCCAUAGCAGUUGUAAUUGGUGAUGCCGAUGCUGCUGGACCAGAGACCACACGUUCAGAAUCAUCGCUUCAGAGAACAUUAAGUUAAAUGCUAUAGGUUUAUUUGUAUUUCCUAUCUAUUGCCUUUGUAAAAAACAGAGAAAACGAUCACGGACAGGUAUGCACUGGUGAAGUACACAUCAUUUCAUCUAACUAAGCUGGUCCGGGUGAGAGCUAUCCAGAAUGGCACACCCGUCUGAGAGUUGCGUCUUGGAACACAGCGAGAGGACCCAUCUGCCAUCUCGUGUCUCCGUGGUUCUCUGCAGGUCACGAUGCCUCUAGCUCCAUUGCACUCCCCACAUGGUAUCCCGGCCUUUCCUGAUAUUGAUUGCUGCUUUUACAGAAUGGUCACUUUCAUAUACUAUAAGCACCUAUGUCAUAAUUCUGACCUUUUUAAUGGGUCUUGGAAGAAAUUAUUUUAAGUAAGAACCAGUUAUCCUCAGCACUGUCUGAGCAUGCCUCUCCCGAGAGUUGCUUGGACUGUCUUUGUACCUGAACCCUCCUCCAGCCCAUCUGUGAGACUGGGUGUGAACAGCCGAAGUCCCACCUGUACCAACAAGCAAGGCCACCUUUCAGCAGGUGAAGGCUCACCAUAUGCCCCUGUUUUCAUCUGUGGCCCAAGCAGUGUAAUUCCUUCCUCCUUCAGAUGCUGUAAUUGUCUAAAAAAAAAUCUCAGUGCCCAAAGGGAACGAAUGAAACAAAAUUAAUGAAAAGAAUCGUGAGUUACUGAAGUGUAUACAUGUAGGGGUAUGAAUGUGUGUGUAUAAAGAUUUGUAUUAAAACUCGGCCCAAUGACCUUGUACUGGUCAACUUCCAUGCCUCUACACUAUUUUCCCACAUUUUCAUAGAUAUCUUUAAAGAUGAUGGUUCCUUUGUGAGCAUAAUUUGAGAAUGUACUGAAUUAAAGUCAAUUUAGACAACAGGCUAUUUCGAUUGUUGACCCUUUCUAUUUCUUUCUUUUUGUCACACACACACACACACACACACACACACACACACACACACACACAGAGAAAUGUGUGCCUUGUCACCCAAGGAUUAUCAAACUUUAUAAACUGACAAAACUGAUUGACUGAUUUUAGGAAAUUCUCAAGACCUGAACAUUCAGUCUCAGAUUUCUUAUAUUUUGGCUUACAUGUUUCACUAUAUGAAUAAAUUUUUUAGGCAGAAUUAGUUAAUUUAAAUAACAGGUUUGCUGUGGAAAACACUGCUUAAUCCUUUAAACAGAUCCCUAUUCUGCUAAUUUUUUAAACAACUUGUAAUUACAGAUAAUUUUGCUUUAGGUCAAGGUGUGGCAUUAUUUACUCCAUCCUCUCUUUCUCUCUUUUUAAUUUGUUCCAAGUUUUACUAGUAUUGAAGGAUUUUUUCUUAUGUUUACUCUUCCUAUGCAGAAUAAUGUGUUGGUAUCUUCUCAUGGAGGGGUAAUUUUAAAAAAAAAAUGUGUUUAUGGGUUUAUCUAAAAUAUAAACUGCUUUUGGAGAAGGAAACCCCCCCCCCCCAAAAAAAAAUGAAGGAAUUAUUUUCAGGAAGUUUUACCAAGCUGAAGAGGACAAGUAACUAAAUUAUGUUAUUCCUUUGUUUUCUUCACAAAAGUUCAUCAGCAGAAAGGAAGUAAAGACCCCUACGAAGACUAGUUUUCACUUGUUUCCAAAUGCUUAAAAUUAGUUAUCUGCAUAGGUAUAGCAUUAAUUUCACAGCAACCUUAUGUGAGUUGAAAUAGAUGAUGUGAAAAAACAUGCAUUAAUAUGGAUAGUGUGUCUUGUUGAACUCCAAGGUAUAAGAAUAUUUAUGAUUUUUAUUUUAUCUAAAAGUCCAUGGUAUUGAAGUUUCUGAAUGACACUCAGAAUAGCUAUACUAUAGCUUCUGGACUAGACUAUUUCCAGGUAGAGGAGGGUGUGCCGUAUGGUUCUGGAAUGUCACACUACUAAAGCAUAACAUGAUACCAGAAAAAGCAAUGUGCUAUAUAGUUUCACAAAAUCAUCUUUCCAUUCAUUCAUUAUCCAUCCAUUCGACAAAUAUUUAUUGAGUGCUUAUUCUACAUGCUCUAGUAUUAAAACUGAGAGAAUGAGAAUUUCCAUCUUAAAUCCAUGUAAUUCUUUCCUAAAGUGCUUAAUUUUUGUAAAUUUGUCUCUUCCAGACUUAGGUGUUAGUUUGACAAUAUGUGAAUAUAAUAAUUCUAAAUCUAUUGGAUAUGGUUAUGUGUGAUAUAUAUGUAUGUAUAUAUACUAUUUCCAUAGAAACAUGUAUAUAUAUUAUCCAUAUAUUUAUGUAGGAUAUAUAUGUAUACAUAUAUAAUAUCUCCAUAGAUGCAUAUGAAUACAUAUGCCACAUACAUAUAUAUAUACCAACUCGCUAAAUAAUAUACUCUCUGGUCUUAGAUAAUCUAUUUUCUUAGGUGUUGUGUCUGUUGCCUUUGGCCUACUCAGGGAUUUUUAUUUCUUUGAAUAACUAUUCUUUGGGAGAUAUUUUUAUAUUAUUUGGAAACGUUCCAAUUUUCCAAUUACAAAGUGGUAUUUGUUACCAGUGAAGGCUGUGUCAUCAAUGCUUCAGCAAGCGUGUACUGUGUUGCAUAGGAUUGUCCUUUUUCUGUAGCAUGGAUUUUUUUUUAAAUGUGUGUGUUUUUCCUCUUUAAAAGUUGUUAUAGAUGGGGCCUUUCCUUGUUGGUGACUUAAAGUAAUUAUUUGUGAUUUUUUUUUAACUAAGUGGCAUUAAGAUCUUGGAGAGAAGGAAUUAAAAAGGAUUAUAUGUCAGUGCCAACAUUGAAGUUAAAACAAUAGUAAUAACUUUUGGAAUGAAUUAUAAAAACUACUUUGGAGAAAGAGGCGUACACAUAAAAUAUCUUUCUAUCCAAAGCUUGUCAUUUUUAUAUGUUUUUAUUGUAAAUUUAAUAUAUACUUUUUUUUGAAAAAAAUCAAAUCAUACAGAAUUAUAACAUACAAAUUUCUCUAAUUAACCCACUCCUUAUUUUCUAGGGGUAGACACUGUUAGUAAUUUGGUAUGUGUCCUUCCAGACACUUUCUACAGAUAUACAAACAAUUGUUCGUGUGUGUGUGUGUGUCUGUGUGUAUAUUAGUUUUAUACAGCCAGAAUAUUAGCAUUUUUACUGUCCUGUGACUAUUUUCCAUUUUAUUAUAUAUUGGUAGACACCUUUCCAUAAGGGUUUAAAUAGAGUUACCUCAUUCUUUUGUAAAUUACUACAUAUCCCACUGUGGGGGUAUACUUUAAUUUAUUUAAUUAGUCUCCUGUCAAUAUCAAGAUCACUUUUUACUUCUCUAGUACAAAGCAUCAGUGAGGGUCCUUUAUAUAAAUUGUUGUCACUUUGUGUUAACAUUUCCAUAAGUUUUUAAAUUUGGCUCCGAUAACAUAUUUGUAAUAAAAUGUUAAUGUAUUUUCUGUGAAUGAGAUCAUAGAGAUUGUAUAUUUGAGAUCUUUUUCUUGGAGAAAAAAACAAUUAUAUAGAAGUGCAUAAUUUUAAAAGAAAAGCAUCUUUUGCAGGAUAGUUUUACUCCUGCUUAAUUAGCCAAAUAAAUAUCUUGCCAAAACAUAUAAAAGAAAAUUAAUGUUAUUCUAAUAAAAAUAAAAUUUAAUGAGAUGUCUAUAAGAUAUCCAAGGAAGGUACAUUGAUAUUUGGAUAGCCUAGUUUUAAGACAUGAGGGAUUUAAAUGAAAUAACCAAACCGAUCAUAUUUGUCCCAUUUUUUGGUAAACACUAUCCAUGUCCAUGCAUGUUGCUGCACAAAGGAACUUAAUUAUGCCAUUGUGAAAAGUAAGAAGCAAUAUCUUGGCAAUUAUGAAUGGCCACCGUUAUCUAUAGAAAAAUUAUUAGAUGGUAUGCAGGUUUGGUGGUUGGGACGUUUAUAACUUGUGGAAUAAUGUGAAACAUUCCUUUUACAGUGAAGCUUAGCAGUUCCCUAAGAACCUCUGCAUGUGGACUUACCCAGAGAGCUCAAACCUUUGGUACAAGCAACAUCGUGUUGCCACCACCUUGAUUUUCUGAUAGGUGCUAUUGUAUCCUGAAGGUGGAUCAGACAGGAAAACAAUCAAAGGUAAUUAAACACCACUUGGGUUAUAACCUGAUAUCUCUAAUCGUACUUUCCAGACUGCGGUAUCAGGAUUCAGUGGUGCCUGUCUGGAGAUUCCUUGUCCAGCCACACCCACCAUCUCUUGAGUCCCUAAAUCCUAAUUGAGCCUUUAUCUUUCAAUCCUACCACCCAAAUAUAUGGCCCAUGGCUCCCCUAAAAUACCAUCAAACCACUGUAAUCCCUUCUAGUCCUUGGUGAUUUCCCCCCACCCCCACCUCAUUUAUCUCUUCUCUGAUGCUCUAGCUCCUGUUGACUAAAAGACAAGAGGAGAGGCAGGAGGGGGUGGAAACACACUCUGGCAUGUGCAGAGCAUCAGCAUUCCUUCCUGACCUGUGUCAAAUUAGAGUACAUCUGCCAAGACAUCCGUCCAGUUUCCCUUACACAGAUGCGAUUGUUUUUAGAAUUGGACUUUUGUGCUGCCUGUUAAAUCCAUAAUUACUUUUUUAAAAAGUUAGUGGCCUAAAUAAUACUACUUGGUAUACUUCAUUAAGGACUUCAAAAUUUAAAAUCAAAUUAUGCCAAAAGCCAUUUUUAAUUUCAUAAAUAAACUGCACAUAUGCCUUAAUGUGCGUCUCCCUAUUGGAUUAUAUGUCUGUCCUGUCAUAUUUGUGGCUGAAAUCUAUCCCAGCUACGGAAAGUAAUUUUUCCUGUGGUUAGCUUUAUUGUUUUGUGUUAAUAUCAUAAAUAUAGCCUUAAAAGUCAUUCAUGCACUUUAAACAGUUGUGCCAUUUAAGUAAUUUGACAGAAUGAAAGAAACUGGUAACAUUUACUUGAUGGAGGCGGUAGAAUAACAGUGUUAGCAAUUUUGUGUCAGUUCUUUAAAUUUGGGGAGCAGUCUGAAGCUGAAAAUUUAAAACAAGUAAAAUAUACCUGAAAAAACUAGCUGAGUUUCUGAAAUUAUAGCAAUCCUGAAAAUUGGUCUCAGGAGCGCAAAUAUAGCAAAUAAUUAAUAAAUGCUACCUAAUAACCUUGUUGGGAUGUUUGUUAAAAAUAUAAAGUUAAUUUCUCCUGCAAGUUUUAACUGCAUUUUCGUAUUUCAUGAAAUCUAUAAAAGAAAGUCCACUGACGAGAUACAAAUGAAAACUAUCACCAAUCGCUAGUUUGAGAUUAUUUUUGUUUUCCAGAUCUUCAUAACUUAAGUAUGACAUUUUCCUCCUCCUAUGGAAAAUAAGUUCCAAACUCCCAUGUUUAAUAUGUAUAACGACAAAUAUUACUUUAAUAAAACAGAAAUAGAUUGAUAGAAUCAUUAAGAUACGGUCCGAACAAAAGCAGAGGCCCAAAAGGUGGGGAGUAUUUAAUACUGUGAAAUGUCUUUUGGGUGCAAACCAAUGAUGCAGACCUUUAAAAGAGAAAGGCAGCGGAACUCUUUGUAACUGUGGCUUUAAGGAUAGAACUGAUACUCAUUUCAUGCUCUUCCAUUGUAUGCCACUGUGGUGAGGCUGGAGGUGUAGUAGCCAUUAUCCAAGAGGCAGAGAGGCACAGCAGUGUCAGACCUGUGGCUGUCCAUUUGGAGCGUUGGCUGGAGCCUCCACAUACCGCACACAUAGUGCCAAUGUUAGAAGCAUGUAAUUAUGCUUAUGACACACUACAAAUGACAUGAAGGCCAAUACAUUAUUAUUUAAAAUAUAUAAAAGAUUGCCACUGCUUCCCACCCCCCACCCCCCACCCCCAGUUCCUUUUAGCUUAUUAAAGACAUUUCAUUAGUUGUAUUUUAACUCUAUAUCACCUAGGUUAUAUUACCAUCGAAACUAUUUUUUUUCUGGCCUCUCUCACAUUUUAGUUACUCUGUUCCACCAUUAAUGUUAAAUGAUGUUCUUCCCUACGUGUGAAGUGAUACUCUCACACUUCCAACAUCGAGUUCCUCUUUUCUUUUUUUUAGAUUUCCUGGUUGUCUUGCUUUUUCCCUCUGCAGCUCCCUUCCCAUCUUUGCCAAAUGUGGGAUAAAUUCUGUCUCACCGCUAACUCCUCUGACACUAAGGAAAUGAAAUGCAAACACUGAAAGGACUUCAUAAUUUGGCAGUGGUAGUGACCAUAACUUACUUUGGCUUAUUUUAUCUGUAAAUUAAAAUAUAUCAGAAGUACCUGGGACAGAGUUGGAGAACCCUGCCCAGCCCUCUGACAAGAAAUAAAAUGAAUGAGAUGUCAGUUGGAUCAUAGAGCCUAAAAUAUUCUACGACCAAGCCUCAGCAAUUGCUUCAUGAAUACUGUAAGGUUAAUAUUGUGUUUGCAUAGUAGUUGAACAGAAAGUGCGUGUAGACAUUCAUCCAACCUGACAACAACUCAUUCAUGUUUCAUCCAAAAUGGCCAAAUGUAUGGUUUAUGGUCUUCGUGUUAGCAAAAAGGUCCUACAGCUUGGAUCUGGGGCUGCGUUUAUAUAGUAUAGCAUUUGUAUAUAAGACUCAACAAUGAGUUUAGAAUUAGAAUUUUUGGUAAUCUACAGUAGAUCACAGUCACUGAUAUUAGCCCUAUUCAUGAGAACCAUUUGUCAUUUGCAAAUGUUCACCUUUUUCGUUGGUAUGAUUUUGAUGCAAGCCACACUCAAUAUAUAUUUAAUAUCGGUUUAGUACACGAUGUGGGAAAGUUCAAGGGAGAGUCACAGGUAUUAAAGGGCCCCAGAAAUUGCAAAAUUGUGCAUUUCACAGAUUCUGCCUCGCAGUUGCCAAGCUGUGCUGUCUUUAUCGGCUCCCCACAAAGCUGUUAGGUGUUCACCUCAUGUCCCAGUUGGGGAAACAGUCUCAAUAAUCCAGUAAAUUCUUAAAAAUAACUUUUUAAAAUGAACAUAUACCCCCUGUGUCAAAAUACACGUUCACUGUUCCUUUCAAGUAAUACUACCUAAUAUUUGAUAUAAAUAUUAUGCUUUAUGUUCCUUUAUAAAGAAAAUUCUAAAUAAAGUAUAUGAUUUUUUAAAUUAGCUGAUUACAAGCCCUUUUUCUAAGGCUCGUUUUUUAAAAAGUUCCAAAUGGCCAUAGUUUACUUUUGAUAUUUGGUCCUUUUCAUUAUAAUUAAAAUUCUAUAAAUGGUAUUAAAAAAAGUAAUCAAUCUUAUAAUUCAUACGAUACCUAGAAUGGUAAUGGAUACAUAACUGUAUAGAUAUAGAUCUAUAAAUCCAUUUACCUUGACAAGGACAAUCUGUUACAGAUUUUUCAUAUAAAAAUUAAUUGACAAUCUUGUUGCUUAUGAAAACAAUUAUUCAGUAGUAGAUUUUGAGAUCACAGAAACAUUUUUAUGUAGAAGGAAUACAAAAACAGUAGCAUUAAAUUGUUUUUAUGUUAGUACAUUAUUUAUUAAGUUGCCACAACAAUUAGUUGUUUUAUUUCUAUUUUAAACUAAAUUGAUUAUAAGACUCAUGAAACAAAUAUAUUUAUAUGUGUAUAUACCUACUGCAAAACUGUGGGACAAUUAAAUUAUUCACAUUCUCUUUUUUCACAAAGAGUGUAAAUUGCUAAAGAGAAAAUUGUUUGGAUGUUUAAUAUAUUGCUGUAUACUCAGAAAUUGCAGUUCUAAGGAAUAAUUGUCAUCUCAUUUGAAUUAUCAUAAUAUAUCCCAUUUUAAUUAAAUUUCCAUGAAUAAUAGCAAAUGAGAAGAAUUUUUUAAUUGUAAGAUGAAUGACUUUCAUAAGUAGUUUGUACCAGAUUUUGUUUGUCAUCUCAUUAUAUAUUACAUAUUUUUCAUUUUGUGUAAAAUUAGUGGUCAUUUUCCAAAUAAUGUCAUAUUUUUAUGUUUAAAAUUAGCCUAACUGAAAAGAGAUUUUUAUUUACUCUUUUCAAUGAUAUUGGAAAAUAUUUUAUUUUAUUAUUAACUUUUUUUUUACAUUUCAUUAGUCAAACUAUUAACUUAGGUAUUCAUGAAACUAUGUGGAGGAAACCAUUAUGAAUGUAUUUUAACAAAGAGGCAGGUAGAAAUAAAUUUUUAAAAUGUAUCAUGUAGAAAUCCUAAAAGAAAAUUAGAAAGGAAAAAACAAAUGCUGUUGAGAUGAAAAUGUUGGAAAAUAAGGAGUAUUUAAGACCUUAAUCAACUUCUUAAUGCGAAAUGAUUAUUUUGUGCUGUUGGUUUCAUGAAUUGUGCUUUUAACAUAUAAUUUCCCCCAUUUUUGUGUUUAUACAUUUAUUACUGAAAAGAAAGGAAGAAGUUGGUGAAUAAAAGCUAUGGAAACUGGUCUUAUUACCAUUUUCCAAUAGCACUAAUGUAUAGUUCCCUAUAACCUUUCCUACGGUGCUUUGUGUGAUGAGAGUGUAUAACAUUUAUAUAUGUUAUUGGUGCCUUAUUUUUUUCACUUGACUUUGUUUCUUACCUAAAGAGCCAUAUAUUUUUUGUGAAUGUUCCCUGGUCCCUCUAUUUAAAGGCCUUGAUGAGACAGUGAACCUUUAUGGGUAUAGAUAGGUUGCAUUUGCUAUCUUAAUCCACUGUGUUAUCUCUAGAACAGUGUGUUAGCCAAUGUAUUUUUCUUAAAUUCAUUCUUCAUUUUUAACCAAGAGUAUAAAAAAAUAUUAAACACCAUAAAUUGAAAUCAUUAUAAUUGAAACAUUUUUAAACCAAAAAAAAAAAGAAAGAAUGAUGAUUAUUAAUGUUUAAAACAGGAGUUGGAAUGGUUACCUAUAGCUCCUAUUAGGACAAAGUUACUUGUCAAAAAGCAUUAUAAAUAAAAGUAAGUAUAUGGUACUUCAGGAAUUUGACCAGUUCUCUACAACUUGUCUUUGGCAACAUGUUAUCUGUCAUUUACUUCCACACACAUGCUGAACAAAUAUGGCGUUCACUAUUACAUGCAGUUACUCAUUCACAGUGGGCUCAAUGGACAUCAAGACAUUGUGUACAAUAUAUUAUUUUGCUCUUCUUGGUCUUGCCUUUUGUGUUAGCUCUAUAUAGAAAGCUAGUUUUGUUGUAUUCUUCAUGUACCAGAGUAUAUAAUUCAACUUUUCAUGAUGAAUGUAUGAUGAAUAAUUAAAAUAAAUCAUGUGCUUAGAAAAGACACAGGCUGUAUGUGCAAAUAUGUGUUAAAUAUUUGACAGAAAAAUAAUCUUCCUGCCAACAGAUAUGUCCUGUUGGACAGGACUUGGAAAUUAAAUUUUUUUUUAAGCAGUGAAAUUUUUAAACCUCUUACCUCAAGGAUGGUCGAUGAAUAUGUAUUGGUUUACUGCUCCCUCUUAGUAAAUGCAUUCUCACUUGCUGCUGGCAGCAAAAGCACCCAAUGUCAGCUCACACAAAUUUUAGGGGCAAGUCUUUCAAAAUGGAUACCGUGUGAUAUUUUGGAGUCUACUUUUGGACACUCAAAUAUCCCUAUUGUCUUUUGUGGGGGGAGGUGGGGCCUUUCUAUUUUAUUGUUUUUGUUGGUUGAUUUAGAAUGGAAGGGUAAUCUUAAUUAUGACAUCUGAUCUCAUGGAAGGAUAUAAGGACACUCACUCUACUGGGAUGAAAACUGUCAUGGGAAUCAACUAUUUUGAAUGUCACUGUCUGAGCUGUUGUAUGGGUUCUUGUGGAGUGCUGUGUACUCCCAUGAUGUGUGCAGCAGCAUCCAGCAAUGCCUAAUAAAAGUUUUUAAGAGAG